AAACAAUUCAUUUCAACACCCACAUUUCUUUCCCCAAAUAUUUUUCCCUAAUUUCUCUAAAUCCCUAAAAUAAAAUAAAAUAUCAAAUUUUGAGGCUGAUUUCUAGACAAAUUAGGUCAAUUAUCUUUUUUGUUUUCUUCCAAAAAAAAAACAACAUUUUUUAUUGUUGAAUUCUUGAAUAUAGGGGUAUGUAUUUUAAAUUUUUGGAGAAAAAGUUUAUAGGUUCUUGAAAGGGUUUAUGGACAAUCAAAGAGAAAAUAUAAGGAUUUUGAUUGAAAAAAAAAAAACUUUUUCUUGAAUUUAGGGUUCUUCAUUUUAAGGGUAAUAUAAUUUUUGGGGCAAAAGUUUAUAGGUUCUUGAAAGGAGGUUUUAGGAAUUAAAGAGAAAAAAAAUCUUGAAUAUUUUUGGGGGAAAAGAAAAGAAAAUCUUGAAUUUAGGGGUGAUUUAAUUAUUUUGGGUAAAAGAUUAUAGGUUUCUUGAAGGGGUUUUUAGGAAUUAAUUAAAGAGAAAAAAAAAUUCUUGAAUAUUUUUUUGGCAAAAGAUCAUAGGUUCUUGAAGGGGUUUUGGGGAUUAAAGAUAAAUUUUUUUCUUGAAUUUAUAUUAGGGGUGGUAUUAAUUUUUUGCGGGGCAAAAGAUUGUAUUAGGUAGUAAUUUCUUGAAAAGGGGUAUUGGAAGUUAAGGAGAAAAAUGUAAGUAUUUGAUUGAAACAACAAUAACAACAACAUAUAACCGGUGUACUCGCACAAGUGGAGUCUGGAGAGGGUAGUGUGUACCGCAGAGGGUAGAGAGGAUGUUUCCGAUGGACCCAAGGAUUUGAUUGAAACGACAAUAACAACAUAGAUAACCGGUGUAAUCGCACAAGUGGGGUCUGGAGAGGGCAGUGUGUGUACGUAGAGGGUAGAGAGGAUGUUUCCGAUAGACCCAAGGAUUUGAUUGAAACAACAAUAACAACAGCAUAGAUAACCGGUGUAACCGCGCAAGUGGGGUCUGGAGAGGGUAGUGUGUAUACGCAGAGAGAGGGUGUAGAGAGGAUGUUUCCGAUAGACCGAAAGAUUUGAUUGAAAAGGAGAAAAAAAAUUCUUGGAUUUGAAUGGGGAAUACAUGUAUAGGACCUAAGUUAGGCAACAAUGGGUUCUUGUCAUCAGUUACAGCAGCUGUAUGGAAAACUAGGCAACCAGAACCUUUACCUCUAACACAUAAAGGUGACUCAAAUUCCCACAAGAACCAAGAAAAUUCAUCGGUAGAUUCGUCGUCGAAAGUAGAUGGAAAUGGUAGCAGUGAUCCUACUAGUAAUAGCUUUGGUGGCACUCAGAGUACUCCACCCCCACACCUUAAGAUUAGUGCAGACACUGAGUCGUCUGAGAAGAAUGCAAAUGUUAAUAAGCCAGUGGAGGGAGUGAAACAGAACAACAAGCCUAGUCAUGUUAAACGAUUAUCGAGCGUAGGGCUUAAAAUGGAGUCUGUUUUAGGAAGAAAGACUGAAAAUUUGAAGGAGAUUUGUACUUUAGGGAGGAAGCUUGGACAAGGACAAUUUGGGACGACGUAUUUAUGUGUGGACAUGGUACAUGGAAAAGAAUUGGCGUGCAAGUCCAUUGCCAAAAGGAAGUUGAGUACUGAGGAGGAUGUGGAGGAUGUAAGAAGGGAGAUUCAGAUUAUGCACCACUUGGCAGGGCAACCUAAUGUGGUGCAAAUAGUGGGGGCUUAUGAAGACGCUGUUGAAGUACAUGUCGUGAUGGAGCUUUGUGCGGGUGGGGAGCUUUUCGACAGGAUUUUACAGAGAGGACAUUACAGUGAGAAGCAGGCAGCUGAACUUGCUAGAGUAAUUGUAGGUGUCGUGGAAGCAUGCCAUUCCAUGGGUGUCAUGCAUAGGGACCUGAAACCCGAGAACUUUCUUUUUAUCAAUCAGGAUGAGGAUUCACCGUUGAAGACAAUUGACUUUGGAUUAUCAGUGUUCUUCAAGCCAGGUGAAAUCUUCACUGAUGUUGUUGGGAGCCCUUAUUAUGUUGCCCCAGAAGUCUUGCGGAAGCGUUAUGGUCAAGAAUGUGAUAUAUGGAGUGCUGGAGUGAUCAUUUAUAUUUUACUAAGUGGAGUGCCCCCCUUCUGGGAAGAGACGGAGCAAGGAAUAUUUGAACAGGUUCUAAGAGGGGAACUUGACUUUGUAUCAGAACCUUGGCCACGUAUAUCAGAAAGUGCAAAAGAUCUGGUCAGAAGGAUGCUUGUGAGAGAUCCGAAAAAGCGAAUGACAGCCCAUGAAGUCCUUUGUCACCCGUGGGUCCGUGUUGGCGGUGUAGCUCCAGAUAAGCCUCUUGAUUCUGCGGUUCUGAGUCGUCUCAAUCAAUUUUCUGCAAUGAACAAACUUAAAAAAAUAGCAGUUAGAGUUAUCGCUGAAAGUCUGUCUGCAGAAGAAAUCGCAGGACUGAAGGAAAUGUUCAAAAUGAUAGACACCGAUAACAGUGGAAGUAUUACGUUGGAGGAACUGAAGACGGGUUUGGAAAGAGUCGGUGCCAAUCUGAAGGAUUCAGAAAUAACCAGUUUAAUGCAAGCGGCAGAUACUGAUAAUAGUGGCACCAUCGACUAUGGAGAGUUCAUCGCGGCUAUGCUCCAUCUAAAUAAAACUCAGAAGGAGGAUCACAUGUAUGCUGCUUUUUCGUAUUUUGAUCAAGAUGGUAGCGGGUACAUCACGAAGGAUGAGCUCCAACAGGCUUGUGACAAGUUCGGUAUGAGCAAUAUCUCCAUCGAAGAACUCAUGCGCGAAGUUGAUCAAGAUAAUGAUGGGCGCAUUGAUUACAAUGAAUUUGUAGCGAUGAUGCAAGACACCGGUUUUGGCGACAAGUGAAGCAGAAGAAUGUAAGCAUUGGCAUUUCGUGAUAAAAUAAUCCAACGUUCAUCGGCUACUUGUGUUUAUCAUCCCCAUAAGUACAUGAACAAGAGCUAAGUUGCUCGGACUCUUCAAAAAUGUCUACGGGUGCAUGUCGGAUUCUCCAAAAAUAGUGUAGUUUUGAAGGAUCCGACACGAGUGCGGCAACAUUUUUGGAGAGUCCGAGCAACUUAGAACAAAGAGAAAUUUUCAUUGUAUUAUAUCAUAUACAUACAUGUAAAGAUUAUAUAGUCAAGACUUUGGAGAGGGAAAGGCUA